GUAGCUAGCGGGCGGCUGAAAUCCGCCGGACCUGGAUUGAAAUCGUGAUGGUUAUAACUUUUAGUUGUAGUGGCGGAAGCAAACAGUGAGAUGGACGAAAAGAUUAGAUAAUCUCAGCUUUCGGAAGUAACCAAAUCGUUCAAGGCUUGUCUUCAGGCAACUGAAAGCCACGGAGAUUCUUGAUUGCGUUCUUGUCGGCUCGUAAUUGGUUUUUGAGCUAAGCGGUUCUGUUUGCGAUUGGCAAUUGUAGCAGUGGAGAUGGCCGAGAAGGGAUGUACCGGCUCUUUUAAGAAAGAACACAGCUUGGUGACAAGAAAGGAGGAGUCUGCGAGGAUUAUGAGGAAGUACGAGGACAGGAUACCGGUGAUUGUGGAGAAAGUGCAGAGAAGUGACAUCCAAUGUGUUGACAAGCGCAAAUACUUAGUUCCACGUGACUUGACUGUGGGGCAGUUUGCAGCUGUUAUCCGCAAGAGAAUAUGUUUACCCUCGGAGAAGGCCAUGUUUCUGUUUGUGGACAAUAUUCUUCCAGCCACAGGAGCUUUGAUGUCCGAGCUUUACAAUGAGAAGAAAGACGAAGAUGGUUUCCUCUACGUUGUCUACAGUGCGGAGAACACGUUCGGUAGACACCACCAACUAUGUGGUGCUUCUCUAAUUUAGGUCUCCUUUGGGACGACUUUUUUACUGCUUCUUAAAGCGGUUUUUGUGUAUAAAAAUUUUAAUUUUUGCACUAAAAAACAUCUUUAAGAAGCAAUAAAAAAACCAUCCCAAACGAAGUCUUAGUUCAGCAUUUUAGUUAGCUUCUCUUGAAGCAAUUUGUUUAUCAAGCAACUUCGCAUUGCUUGUAUUCAUAUUUCAUACUGUUUCAUAGAGUAGCCGAGUAAAAAAUGGAAUUGUACACUGUAAAUAAAGUUUUGACGUAGGGUGUUCGGGACUUGGAUCAUGUUGCAACGAGUCGUUGAAUCUUUCCUUCCACUGUUAAUAGUACCUGUGUCAUGAAGAAUUUACAAAUUUGGACUUAUCCUUUAUAAAAUUUACAUAAUUAUUAGACUCGUUAAA